AUGAACGCCGUUGACGGUGCGGACAGCCAUAACGCCUCUCACCCCCAAUCUCCCUCUCUCCUCACCGUCAUCCUCGACACAAACCCGUACGCCUGGGCUCUCCUCGAGUCAACCCUCCCCCUCUCCGCUGCAAUCGCAAACCUCCUCGUCUUCAUAAACGCCCAUCUGGCCUGCAACUAUGCAAACAAAGUCGCCGUCGUGGCCUCCCAUUGCAAUCAUGCCGCUUGGCUCUACCCUACGCCAUCAACCCCCUCCAUCUCCCAGUCAAAAGCCAUACAACUCGAUGCAGACGGAGACAUCACCAUGAACGGCCAACCAUCCACGGAACCCGAACCGGAAAAUCAACAACAAUCACAGUCACCCUUCAACAAAUACCGCCCUUUCCUCCUUGUCGAAGAACAACUAACCCGCAACCUCCACUGCCUCCUCUCCGCCACCCCUCCCUCCGCAGUCACCUCCACAACCUCCACCAUGCUCGCCGGCGCCCUAACCCUAGCCCUAAGCCACAUAAACCGCGAAUCAAUCGCCUACGCAGAAGCUCACGGCGCCGCAAACCCCGAUCCAACCUCGUCCACCACAGGACCUGCAACAAGCACAGCCUCCGGCCUUCCCCCACCCCCAAACUCGACCACCGCAGACCCCACAUCAGCAGCAGCAAACCCCCUAAACCCAACAGCCCUGCAGUCCCGUAUCCUCAUAAUCUCCCUCAGCAACAACACCCACUCCGCCCAGCACUACAUCCCGAUCAUGAACAGCAUCUUCGCCUGCCAACGCCUCCACAUCCCCAUAGACAUCAUCAAACUAGCCGGCGACGCCGCGUUCCUCCAACAAGCCUCCGACGCCACAGGCGGCAUCUACAUCCCCAUCAACGCACACCCGGCAGGCUUCCUGCAAUAUCUCAUGCUGGGUUUCUUACCGGACCAACGCGCCCGGGCACAUCUGAUAUUGCCCAGUCGCGUCGAUGUGGAUUUCCGUGCGGCGUGCUUUUGCCAUAGGAAGGUGGUGGAUGUGGGGUUUGUGUGCAGUAUUUGUUUGAGCAUCUUUUGUGAGCCGUUGGGCGGGGAAGGGGAGUGUUUGACGUGCGGAACUAGGCUGGGGAUGGUGGAGUAUGGGGCUAAGCUUGUUGUGGUCGCGAGGAAGAAGAAGAGAAAAAAGGAUAAGGGGCUGGUGGGGAAAGGGGGAGCAUUGUCGUCGGGGACGCCUACGCCGACGCCGGCGACGGUGUAG